AUGGCUCCUGCUGCGCUUCACGACGCCUCGGCCGUCAAGAGCGAGAACUCCAAGGCCGUCAAGGUCCUCGAGGAGCUCCUCAGCAAGCUCACCGUCUCCAAGGCCCAGGAUGAGAUCAACGCCUCUGCCAGCUCCAUUGCCACCUUCAUCAACGGUGACAUCGAGGAGGCUGAUGCCCCCACCAAGGCUGUCGACCUUCUGAAGAAGCAGCUUGGCAACAAGAAGGAUGCCGUUGCCCGUGAGCGCGCUCUCGAUGCCAUUCGCGCCAUCGCCCAGCACGCCCAGGUCUCCGCCGCCGUCGAGCCCUACCUCGUCGCCCUUCUGCCGAACGUGCUGGCCGCUGUCGGUGACAAGAUGAGCGGCGUCAAGGUCGCUGCUCAGACCGCUGCCGAGGCCAUUGUUGCCGCCGCCAACCCCAACGCCGUCAAGGCCAUCAUCCCCCACAUCUCCCACUCCCUCGAGAACGCUCAGAAGUGGCCCGAGAAGAUGACCGACCUCAAGUGCAUCGAGACACUCGCUGCCUCUGCUCCCGCUCAGAUGGCUUUCCGUGUCCCUGAUUUGAUCCCCGUCAUCUCUGGUGCCAUGUGGGACACCAAGCCUGAGGUCAAGAAGGCUGCUUACGCCACCAUGGAGAAGAUCUGUGCCUUGAUCUCCAACAAGGAUAUCGAGCGCUUCAUUCCCGAGCUCAUCAAGUGUAUCUCCAAGCCCGAGAACGUCCCCGAGACUGUUCACUUGCUCGGUGCCACCACCUUCGUCACUGACGUUCACGAGCCUACCCUGGCUAUCAUGGUCCCUCUUCUUGAGCGUGGUCUCGUUGAGCGCGAGACUGCCAUCAAGCGUAAGACCGCUGUCAUCAUUGACAACAUGUGCAAGCUUGUCGAGGACCCCCAGAUUGUCGCCGCUUUCUUGCCCAAGCUUAUGCCCGCUCUUGAGAAGAACUACGACAACCUCGCUGACCCCGAGGCUCGUGAGAAGACCCGCCAGGGUCUCGACACCCUCAUCCGUGUCGGUCACGUCAAGGACGGCAAGAUCCCCGAGAUCGAGAGGUACGGUGACAUUUCUACCAUUGCUGGAAACCUCAAGGCUGUUCUUCCUUCGAAGUACAAGCUCGACGACAAAUUCACUCCCGUUGUCGACUACAUUGGUGCCAUCGGUGGUCAACUCAUCGACGAGAAGGACUACGAGGGCUUGAACUGGCAGGCUAACGCCGGCCCCUUCGUCGCUGUCCUUGUUGGCGAGGAGGAGGCUAAGGAUAUCACUGAGAACCUUCGUAAGAAGUCUCUGCCUGCCUCCGUUGCUGAGGAUGUUGCUGAGCCCGAUGAGGAGGAAGGCGAGGACCUUUGCAACUGCACAUUCAACUUGGCCUAUGGUGCUAAGAUCCUGCUCAACCAGACCCAUCUCCGCCUGAAGCGUGGUCAGCGUUAUGGUCUUCUCGGACCCAACGGUUCCGGUAAGACCACUCUCAUGCGCGCCAUCAACAACGAGCAGGUUGAGGGUUUCCCCAAGCAGAACGAGGUCAAGACUGUCUACGUUGAGCACGACUUGGACUCUGCCGAUACUGAGAUGACUGUCAUCGGCUGGACCAUGAAGAAGCUCCGCGACGUUGGUAUCCAGGACGAGCAGCCCGACAUCGAGAAGACUCUCAUUGAGUUCGGCUUCACCAAGGAGCAGAUCGAGGGUCCCAUCACUGCCCUCUCCGGUGGUUGGAAGAUGAAGCUUGCGCUUGCCCGUGCCGUGUUUGAGAAGCCCGAUAUCCUUCUUCUCGACGAGCCCACCAACCACAUGGACGUCAAGAACGUCAAGUGGCUCGAGGACUACCUCAUCAACUCUCCUUGCACAUCCAUUGUCAUCUCCCACGACAGCAAGUUCUUGAACAACGUCAUCCAGCACGUCGUUCACUACGAGCGCUUCAAGCUCAAGCGUUACCGCGGUAACCUCGAUGAGUUCGUCAAGCGUGUGCCCUCUGCCAGGUCAUACCACGAGCUCAGCGCCUCCGACAUGGAGUUCAAGUUCCCCGAGCCCGGUUUCCUCGAGGGUGUCAAGACCAAGGCCAAGGCUAUCCUCCGUGCCACCAACAUGAGCUUCCAGUACGAGGGCACCUCCAAGCCCCAGAUUGCCGACAUCACCUUCCAGUGCUCGCUUUCUUCCCGUAUUGCUGUCAUUGGUCCCAACGGUGCCGGAAAGUCCACUCUUGUCAACGUCCUGACUGGUGAGCUUGUCCCUACCUCUGGUGAGAUCUACCACCACGAGAACAUCCGUAUCGCCUACAUUAAGCAACACGCUUUCGCCCAUAUCGAUCACCACCUCGACAAGACUCCUUCCGAGUACAUCCAGUGGCGUUUCCAGACUGGUGAGGACCGUGAGACCAUGGACCGUGCCAACAAGAUCAUCACCGAUGAAGAUGAGAAGGCCAUGGACAAGAUCUACCGUAUCGAGGGUACCCAGCGUCGUGUCAUUGGUAUCAACUCCCGCAGAAAGUUCAAGAACUCGUACGAGUACGAGUGUUCGUUCGCUAUCGGAGAGAACGUCGGCAUGAAGAACGAGAGGUGGACACCUAUGAUGUCUGCUGACAACGCCUGGAUCCCCCGUACUGAGAUCAUGGCUUCCCACUCCAAGAUGGUCGCCGAUGUCGAUCAGAAGGAGGCUCUUGCCAGCGGUCAGUUCCGUCCUCUGGUCCGUAAGGAGAUCGAGUCUCACUGCGCCAACUUCGGUCUCGACGCUGAGCUCGUUUCUCACUCGCGUAUGCGUGGUCUGUCCGGUGGUCAGCGUGUCAAGGUUGUCCUUGCCGCUUGCUCGUGGCAGCGCCCCCACUUGAUCGUCCUCGACGAGCCCACCAACUACCUCGACCGUGACUCUCUCGGUGCCCUUUCCAAGGCCAUCAAGUCCUUCGAGGGUGGUGUUAUCAUCAUCACUCACUCCGCUGAGUUCACCAAGAACCUCACUGAGGAAGUCUGGGCUGUUCUUGACGGCAAGAUGACUCCUUCCGGCCACAACUGGGUCCAGGGUCAGGGUGCCGGUCCCCGUCUCACCGAGAAGGGUGAGGAGGAAGAGAAGUUCGACGCUAUGGGCAACAAGAUUGCUGCCACCGAGAAGAAGAAGAAGCUCACUUCCAGCGAGAUGCGCAAGAAGAAGAAGGACCGCAUGGCCCGCCGCAAGCGUGGUGAGGAGGUCUUCUCCGAUGAGGACGACUAA